AUGAAACAGUUGCUUGAUAAUUUACAGAAAAAACUUGAUGAGUCUUUCUUAAACAUGCGUUUGUAUGAAAAAGCCUUAGAAUUGUUUGAAGAUGAUCAAUCAACUUCUGUUGUUUUGCAUAGGCAUUUACUAAGGACAAUAGCAGCUCCUAUGGUUGACAUGCUUCUUUAUGACUUGGAUGAGCACAACAAAUUAAAGAACGGAGUAGAAGUGCAGGAAUCUCCAAAUUCUGAGUUAAAAUCUGCUAUUCUUAACAGAUUUAUCCUAUGUGUGUUUAUUACAAACUGA